UUCUCUUCUUUCUACUUAAUUCUUCAUUGAAACAUUUUAUGUUGUUUUUAAAACAUUAACUUCCAAACAGGGUUUUCAGUCAUUUCAUUCGGAGAUUGGAAUGCCUCGGAAAUCAGAGUUAGAAUUAUAUUUGGAUGAGCCUAAUCUAGAUGCGGAGAUUGAUUUAGAUAUUUUGCAAUUCUGGAAGGGCAAUCAAUAUAGGUUUCCUGCUAUAUCUGCUAUGGCUCGUGAUGUUUUGUGCAUUCCUAUAAGUACAGUGGCUUCAGAAAGUAGUUUCAAUUAUAGUGGUAGAAUACUAGAUCAAUAUCGAAGUUCUCUUAAGCAUGACAUUGUUGAGGCACUUGUAUGUUCAAAGGAUUGGUUGUAUGCGGAACAGGUAGUUCAUGACACAGAAAUAGAUGCAGUUACGGAUGAUAUCCUUGAUUUACAUGUCACCCAAACUGAUGCAGAAAUGACUGAAAGUUCAGUUAUUCGAUGAAUCUAUUUAAACAUUUUAAUUAUAUCCAGUAUUCCACUUAACUGUUAAACUGUUAAUGAGUUAAUCUGUUCUGCUGCUUGUAAAAUU